AGGCGAUAGUACAACACACGGUUCGAAGCGAGUAGGUCGUGUCGCGACCAUUCGAACGUUCGGCUUUCGCGCGCAAAGCGUAUGUUGCCGCGUAUUUGAAUUGAACUUUUAACGUUCGAUUUUUGAAAUGAAAAUGACAUUUUAAUUAAAACCAUAGACAAUAAAACAUGGUAGUGAUAUAUGGACUCUUUUGUUAUUUUACAACCAUGUAAAAAUACCGAGGGUGUUUUAUUGGUGUAAUUCGGAGGCAGUAUGGUGGAUGUCGGUGGUAAUGAGUGUCAUAACACCAUAAAUGGGAGGAACCAAUUUGUAUUUCUUGUUUUUGUGCAUUUGUUACUGAUUGGACUGAAUGGAACCAAUGCGCAAAAUCGAGCACCCCGUAUAAAAGAGCAUCCAUCAAGCACAGUAUCCGGCCGCAGCGAGCCGGCGACCCUGAGGUGUGUGGUGGAAGGCCGGCCCAAGCCGUCCGUGCAGUGGUUCAAAGAUGGCGCACCUUUGCCGCCUGCUGAAGAUGGUCAUAGAGUCCUAUUGGAAGACGGCCUAUUGUUCUUAAGGGUGAACCGGGGAAAGAAGGAGAGUGAUGAGGGGAUUUAUUGGUGUGCGGCUCGCAAUAUAGCCGGGGAGGCUGUAAGCCAGAACGCUUCAUUAAAUGUUGCCGUACUUCGUGAUGAAUUUCGGGUUGAACCCAGGGAUGUCCAGGUCGCCGCGGGAGAACCGGCUUUGUUAGAGUGUGUUCCACCUCGAGGCGUCCCAGAUCCAUCCAUGCAUUGGUUGAAAGAUGGUCAAUUGUAUGAUAUUGAAGUUAAUGGAAGGGUAACAAUAACAGAUACUGGUAGUUUAAAAAUACUAGAAACAUUGCCAAAUGAUAGUGGACUGUAUAGAUGUGUGGCGUCCAAUAUAGCGGGAGAGAGGCAGUCCAGAGCCGCUGCGCUAAUUGUUCUAAGGCGGCCACACUUUGUUGUAAAACCUAGUAAUGUAACUGCAUUAGUAGGACAAAACGUUGAAUUAAAUUGCCAGAGCUAUGAGACGAGCGUAAAAAUAACAUGGGUCAAGGAAGACGGCGUGUUGCCGUCGCAUGCUACAAUAAUCCGUGGACUAUUACGGUUGGAACAGGUGUCCGCUUCCGACGCGGGCGUCUAUUCCUGCCGCGCCGACAGCCAUGCUGGGACUAGCAUCGCCAGCGCAUCGCUAACCGUUUACUCUUUACCGCACUUCACGCAGAUACCGUCCAAUUUGACCGCAUGGGAGGGCGAUGUGGUGUCCAUUCCCUGUGAAGCUAAAGGCUUACCCACACCUACUACCUUUUGGAUACUAGAAGGUGUUGAAGAUUCAUUGCUGUUCCCAGAGUGCACUAGGAGUAAUUCUAGUUUGCUUUAUCUGGACGGUGCGAAAGUAGAACACGGCGGAAGGGUUAUCUGCGUAGCGGUGAAUGCGGCCGGCAGUGUUAUGCAAGAGGCUUAUCUAAAUGUGUUGAAGAAAACCAAUAAUCCAUUGAAGGAGCGCACCUCUGACGAAAACUUUGGCAAUAAUUACGAACACGAGGUCCGUAUGACGGAGUAUGAGUUUGUUCAAGCGAGGAAGUAUUUACAACAAAAUGUUUUAGUCCUUAGGAGGGUGGAAACUUUGUCGUCGAGUUCGCUGAAAGUUGUUUGGGACGUGUUAACUGAUUACAAUGAAUAUUUGGAAGGAGUUAAGAUUUGGUACAAUGGAACUUCGUUGAACUGGCGCAAUAGUAGCGAAGAGAUAACGAUAUUGAAUUCAUCCCAACUGGAGAGUUGUCCUAAUGGAUCUCUGACGAACGUUGAUAACAGUGGGUCAUCGAGCUACAUUUUAUCUGGGUUGGCGUCUUAUACCCAAUACGAUAUUUUUUUAAUGCCGUUCUACAAAAUGUUGCUUGGUAAACCUUCUAAUUCGAUGACCGGUUAUACGGAUGAGGAAGUGCCGUCUGCGCCGCCCCAGAGCGUGACAGCGGGGGUAAUUAACGCUACGUCGGCCUGGAUACGAUGGGAACCGCCACCUGCAAACACUUGGAACGGGGAACUUACAGGCUAUUUGAUCGAAAUUCGCGUGGGAGGUGGCCCCAGUGGGCGGGUAGUGGGGCAAAUGUCCCUGGGCGCGCGAACCCGGGCGGCGGCGGCUAGCUCGCUACGGGCGGGCGGCCGGUACAGCGCGCGCGCCGCGGCGGUGACACGCCGGGGACACGGGCCCUUCAGUAUGCCGGCACCUAUACAUAUGCUGCCUAUGCAUUCGCAGAGACAUUUUGUGCAGACUGAACCACCAAACGACGCAGCGAUCCCGCAUUUACUUCAAGAGACAUGGUUACUCGCUUUAGCGCUAACCCUGUUCUCUAUCAUAGUAAUUGGGAUAGUUAGUAUCUACUACAUUAAGCGUCGUAACAGCAUUCAAAGGAAGAAGUCGACCGGUCAAUCUAUUGUUACGGCUCAACAGUGUCUAUUAAAUAAAGAUACGAUUUGGUUGAGAGAUCGACCAGUAUUUGCGCCUCCGGAUUCUACAUUAGACGUUACAAGUUGCCAUCAUAGCUUGCUGCAAGGAGGGCAAACUCCGAACAUUAUGAAUGUCGAGCCAGAGUAUUGCUUGCCACAAAACUCCAUCCAAGGUCUAGACGCUUCAAGUGUAGACAGAAUAAAAAGGGGCCCACCGGAACCUUACGCUUCCAGCGCUAUUUACACUGAACUCAAUUUCAAGGACAAUGCUGACAUCGGAGAUGCCCGAAGUUGUCCGGAACGACGUUCACACAACAAUAGCAUUGUUAGAUCGUGCAAUGGCAGCAUUCAAUAUUCCAAUGGUGAAUGUUCGACAUGUUGUCACAGCACUUCCAGUAGAUCAACAAAGGAUUAUAGAGAAUUGAGACACGAGAACGUACACAAUGAUGUAAAUAUAGUUGAAGAUGAUUGUGCUUCCUGUCACACUAAUAGAUCGGGAUCGAGGAGUAGGCAGGACAAAAGCAAAGUGUGUCCUGCUAGUGAUUUAGAAUACGACUACCCCCAAUGGCAUUGGCUAGGGAGGGAGAAUAGUUUUAAAAUUCCCAUUCAGUCUGGACGACAUUCGAAUAUGGCGCGGUCCGAGCAAGGCUGUCAAAUAAAUCUAAAUGAUAUAUUACCACCACCGCCCUACGAAAGUCCCGAGAAUAAAGGUCAAAUGAAAUAGAUCGUCUAGUUUUGGUAGUUAGUAGCGACGUAAAAAGAAACGUAAAGCAAUAUACAAUAUCAUUUUUUCAAUGUUAAUAGGUCUUAGAACCAGUGAGUAAGUAUAACAGUUUUAGAUGAAUAUUUGUGUCUAUUUAUACUAGGAAGUUAGCUCAGAAAUGUCCUAUAAGCAACUAUCUUAUGAAUGUUAAGUGUAAUUUACAAAGAGACAAUCCUAAUUGACUUAAUAGGUACAUUGUUGCAUCCGCCUAUAAGCUGACUGCCUUUCGGAAAUAUGCUAAUCUAUCUCAUAAUUCAAAUUAAUACUCAUUGUAAAUGAAGUCGCUCCAAUGGGUCUAUCUUUGAAAAAGAUGAGUUCAAAAAUUACUGAACAGGUUCCAUUGCGGUUUUCACUAAGAAAUGCAGCAAUUUACAUAAAUCACUACGUUUUUUAGGUUCACUGGAAUUGUAUACAAUAUUGUCCAAAAUAGGACAAUGAUUUUUAGCGUAGCGUUCAAGAUAAGACCAUAGUUAUUGACAGAAAAACAUAAGCGCAAUACGUAGACAGAUAAAUCUAUAGACAACUGUUAUCGGCCCGUUGUGAACUCUGUGGACUAUCAGCACAAUUGAAAAAACGGCACGGGUCAUUUUGCCGAAUAUCGAAUCGCCUUGUGUCGUUUUUUUACACUCAUAACUACGAGUAGUUCUCUUUUUUGAGAGAAUGCGAAGAAUGCUUUUUGUCUGUCUAUUUACUUCUCUAUCUGCACAUAAAUAGAACGAAAAUUAAACUGAGAGGAUCUAAUUUUUAUACCGACAUCAAAAAGGAUGUGCCAAUAAAAAUCUUCAGAAUAAAUAGACAUUGUAAAAGUCAGUAAAAUUGUAUUAUUAAAACAAACAUUAUAGUUGUAUAUUUAGGAUUUGUAGAGGCAUAAAUUAAAAGUUUAACAUGUAGCUACCAAAAUAUUGAUAGUUGUACUAGUUAUCAUAAAUUAUUCCUAAUUCUAGUCACAGUAUUUAGACUAGCUUCACAUUGUAGCGUUUAAACUGUCAUUAGUAUAGUAUUCAUGAUAAUCAAUUCAUACAUGAUUAUAAAUGCGAAAGUAAACUUGAUUCAAAAUUCGUUUAUUCACACUAAGGCUUAGUUUAGACAAGCACUUUUGAAAUGUCAAGUUAUUUCAUUGUAUUUAAUGGUGGUAAUAGAACAUCUAGGCAUCACAGUAAUCUGCAACGUUGUUGAUAGUUACUUGGUUUCCUCUUUCCUAAAAUGCACUGCAAAUAUAUGGAACGAUCUUCCGGCUUCCGUUUUCUCUUCAAUUCAGUAAUGAAUAAGUAUCUUCUAGGCAAGCGCGUUCUACUAGAGGCUGCAUUAUAGCUUGCCACAAGCAUUUGGUUUGCAUUGCAGCUAGUUGUUAGUUCUAGACCCAGUGGUUUAGACGUGACUUAAUAAACAGCCAAAGUUCUUUUCGCAUUUACAAUAGUAUGGAUAUAUCCACAUUAUAAUAUUCUAACGAUUUAUUUGUAUCUGUAUAUUGAUAUUCUUCAUACGAUUAUUGGAUGACAAAAUUUAAUUUAUCGAAUGGGUUAUUUUUAAGAUCUCUAUAUGCACUGCCAUUUACAUUUAGAAUUAGAGAUUUAGUUAUAUAAUAUUUGACUGUGAUAUUUAUAUUAAUUCGUGUAUUAGAAAUUAUUGUGUAAUUACUAAACCUACUGUAUUUAAAUGUAACGAACUCCACGGUUUCAAUAUUUUAAACUGUCCUUUACUCUCUCUUGUCCCUUUUAAAGAUCGCAUUUGUUUUUGCAAUCCAAAUAUUUUCAGAGCCAGUUGUGUUAUUUAAAUUUUCUGAAUAUUAUAGCAAUUUUAUAAUUA